UCCAAGUGUCAAAGAUGUCUGCGCCCAUGGUAUCACAUUUCCGGAGAUUGACGUAUGCAAAACAUCGUUAUUUUCGGCUUCUGAAUAGAGAAAGAUGCAUGUCGUUGCCAAAGCAGUUUAAAAGGCAAUACGAGAACAAUACAAACGAAGGUGACAUGGGAUAGACCUAGAAGAGUCAGAUGGACUGCAUCCUGAAGAUGUUGAAAGCGAGCAGUUGUAUCCAGAACAUAUCCAAACUACAAGCUUCCAAAAGGUUCUCCUCACUGUGGGUUCCGCUGCCAUGUGUUUAUACAACCCUGCACGUGAUGACAUGGUAGCCACACUUGGUGAGGUGAGUGGCGCAUGGGCCAUUAGGAAGAUGAAGGAGAAGAUGGAGGAAGACCCUGUGGGGAGCCUCAUCUUAAAGGAACAGCCUGUCAUCAACACAAAUACAGUGUCUAUAGAAUACCUGGGCAGUCUUCCUGAGGGCACAUUUGGAAAAGAGUACUGGAAAUUCCUAUGCAAAAAUGGCUUUUCCCCAGAUUCUCGCCUGCCUAUUCAAUUUGUUGACGACCCUGACCUAAAGUAUGUGAUGCUGCGCUACCGCCAAACCCACGACCUGUACCACGCUGUGCUGGGCAUGAAGCCUAACAUGCUAGGAGAGGUUGCAGUAAAGUGGGUGGAGGCCUUCCAGACUGGACUGCCUAUGUGUGCCUUGGGGGCAGUGUUUGGUCCCCUUCGUCUUGGCCCUGUACACCAGAAGAAAUAUUUGGAAAUGUAUCUUUCCUGGGCCAUACGGACAGGAAGGGAUGCCAAGUUCCUAAUGGCUGUAUACUGGGAGAAGGAAUGGGAGAAAGAUCUAGAUCAGCUCAGGACGGAGCUCAACAUAGAGCCACCCCCAGUCCUCAAAUAACAUUUGUCCUCAUCUAUAUGACUUUUCAUCUUUUAAUUUAUUCUAAAUGUUCUUAAUGUUUUGUGGACUGAAGUUGUUAUCACUUUAGUGAAGUGUCAAUUUACUGUAAAAAAACAGAUUUAAAUUCAUUUGUUAGCAAGUAUAAGGACUCAGUGUGCCACCUUUUACAGCAGUCAGAAGUAAUAAACUUCAGUUAUCAAAUAUUAUCAGGUUACAAAAUCUUAUUAUACCCAUCAGCCAAUCAGAAUUGAGAAAUGUGCACGACACCUCAUAAUAAUAACAUUGAUCUCAUUCCUGUAGAAUAGCAGGACUGAAAACAAGCAUGGUGCCAUACGUGUAUACAAUUUGAACACAUGUGGUGAAAUUUGAGACCUUAUAAAAUGUAUUGUUCUCUAUCAACUUAAGACAUGUAUGUGUUAAGUUUUAAAUAAAAUCAUCUUUAUUUACCAGUA